GGUGACCUCCAGUGACCUCAGUCACUCCUGAAUGCAGCUUUACACUCCUGAUCCACCAGAAGACUUCUGCAGGAUGCAGUGUGAGGAGGGGACGGGGUGGCUGCUGGAGUUGCUGACGGAUGUGCAGCUGCAGCAGUACUUCCUGCGGAUCCGCGACGAGCUCAACGUCACCAGACUCUCCCACUUCGACUACGUCAAGAAUGAAGACCUGGAGAAGAUCGGCAUGGGACGCCCGGGUCAGAGGAGGCUUUGGGAAGCAGUUAAGAGAAGAAGAGCCCUUUAUAAACGCAAGUCCUGGAUGAGCAAGGUGUUUCCAGUUAAACGACCCGACGCCGACCCCCAGCAGCCCCUCCCUCAGGGGGCGUCGUCCGACGCCGCACCAGCCAGUAGCGAGCCGGCGGCCUCGCUCACCUGCCUGAUCAGAGAGUCGGAGCUGCAGCUGUUUGAGCGGCUGGGUGACGGCACGUUCGGGGUGGUUAAGAGAGGAGAGUGGACCGGACCCAACGGCAGAGUGUUGUCCGUGGCGGUGAAGUGUCUGAAGGCCGGUGUGUUGGACUCAGACGGUCUGGACGAUUUCAUCAGAGAGGUGAACGCCAUGCACUCACUGAGCCACCAGAACCUGAUCCGGCUGUACGGCAUCGUCCUCACACAGCCCAUGAAGAUGGUGGCUGAGCUGGCCCCGCUGGGUUCCCUGUUGGAUCGCCUGAGAAAGCGUCAGGGUCACAUCCUCAUCGCCUCUCUGUGUAACUACGCUGUGCAGGUGGCGUGCGGCAUGGCCUACCUGGAGCAGAGACGUUUCCUCCACAGGGACCUGGCCGCCCGCAACGUCCUGCUGUCCACCAAUGAAACGGUGAAGAUCGGAGACUUUGGCCUGAUGAGAGCACUGCCAACACACACGGACCAAUACAUCAUGGAGGAGGGCCACAAAAUCCCUUUCCCAUGGUGUGCUCCGGAGUCUCUGAAGUCUCGUACUUUCUCUCACUCCUCUGAUACCUGGAUGUUCGGGGUCACUCUGUGGGAGAUGUUCACCCACGGACAGGAGCCGUGGCUGGGCCUAAACGGGAGCCAGAUUCUCCACAAGGUGGACGCUGAAGCCGAGAGGCUUUGUAAACCAGACGACUGUCCACAGGAUAUUUACAACGUCAUGCUGCAAUGCUGGAGCCCCAAACCUGAGGACAGACCGACUUUCAUCGCCCUCAGAGACUUCCUGCUCGAGACCAUGCCGACAGAUAUGAAAGCGCUGCAGGACUUUGAGGAUGAAGACAAGCUCCUGAUUAAAAUGAAUGACGUCAUCACCAUCAUAGAGGGAAGGGCAGAGCACUACUGGUGGCGAGGUCAGAACAAGGGGACGCUGCGUGUCGGUCAGUUUCCUCGCCACGUGGUGACAUCGGUCGCCGGUCUGUCGGCCCACGACAUCAGCCGGCCACUCAAACACUCCUUCAUCCACACCGGACACGGAGACACGGACCCUCACAGGAGCUGGGGACAUGCAGACCGCAUAGACAGUCUGUAUCUGGGGAACCCCAUGGACCCUCCUGACAUCCUCGGGAUGGAACCGGGCACCGCCAGGCCGACCAAACUCCCCAACCGCUCCAAGAAGCAACCUCCUCCUCGUCCUCCCCAGCCUGCCGUUCUGCUGAAGAAACCCUUCUACGACUCUGUGAUGGACGAUUAUGACGACGACGCAGACGACGGCAGCACCUCCUCUGGGCUGAAGAGGCUGGGAGUGUCUCUGGGGCUGAAGCUCCGACCGUGGGAGGCGUCCGGCGUGCGCUCGGCCAAGAGUGAGGUGUCGCUCAUCGACUUCACCGAUGACAGCUUCAGCUCGACCACGCCCUCACCGCUCACUGAGGCCCGGCAGCCGGAUGAGGACACACUGAAGGACACUCCGUCCAUCCUGGACUGGCCUCUCCCUCAGCCCACUUACGACGCUGUCUCUGCGGACCUCGAGGACCAAUCGGAGGACCAGGAGGUUCUGUCCAUCAACAAGGGAUUCACUGAGGAGACCGCGGCCUCGCCCAGCGGCGCUAUGGCAACCAGGAGCGAGUCACAGUCAGCUGACCUCUUCCAAGAACUACAGAGAGAAGUGAUGGUGAAGCUGCAGGUUCCCAUGGCAACGGGCCGCUCCCUCCCCUCCUCCCCGCUCCCCAUGCCUCUGGCUCCGUUGGGCCCCCACCGACAGAUCUGCCUGCCUCCUCCCUCCCCCACCACCACCUCCUCCACCUCCUCCUUCGCCUGCUGCUUCGAGGACCGGCCCACGCUGCCCCCGCGCAGCCGUCCCCCGCUGCGUCCCUCCAAGCGCAACAUCUCCAUCCGCACCGCCCACCCGCAGCCCCGCUCCAGCUCCAUCUCCCUGGACGACGGGGAAGACACGCCUCCUCAGAUCCCACCCAGAGACCAUGCAUUCUCUCAGCCGGGCUCCCGCUCCUCCUCCCCCCUCCCGCUGGUGCCGCCACUGUCCUCCUACCCCGUGGCCCUGCCUCCACCUCCACUCUCCGUCUCCCCACGCCGGGCGUCCGGACACCUGGGACCCCUUCUGUCCUCCAACUCGUCCUCCUCCACAUCACAUUCCUCACGGCUCGCUACUCGUGGCUCCUCCUACUCUUCCAGCUCCUUACUGGAUCCUCUCGCCUUCAGUGAGGGGCGUGGCCUCUCAUCACUGGUUGACAGCUCGCCUCCCGCCCCGUUACCAGAGCGACCAGCUUUUCUGGAAAGAUAUGGAUCAGCCAACAUGGCGGCAGUCAAACCCAUGAUUCAGCACCCCGGAGGAGCCAAACCAAACUCCUCCUACAACAACAACAACGGGCGAACUGCAGCUCCCAGCAUGCAACAGGAGCAGAGCGUCACACAGGUCCAAGGAGCAGUUCACGGUGUCACACUGGAGGAGUGUCAGGCAGCUCUACAGGGUCACAACUGGAGCAUCCCUCAGGCCAUAAAUCACUUGAAGGUGGAGCAGCUGUUUCGUCUGGGCCUGCGGUCGAGAGCCGAGUGCGAGGAGCUUCUGCAGCGCUGCCAGCUGAACCUGGAACAGGCCAGCACGCUCAUGCUGGACACAUAUGGACCACAUCGGAACAGCUGCAAUGAACCACUUGAGCUCCCGUCGUAAUUCGGAUCAACAAGCCAGUCGUUUACCGCUCCAAGCACUCGAGCCGCAGUGAUGCUUUUUAAUGAAUGGAGGAACAUGAAGCAGUGCGUGUGCCUCACUCAAAUGUACUGUGAAUUCCUGCUCUUACCUGCGUCAAACACACGCAUGCUCAUUAUCAGCUAACAGAGCAGU